AUGCUAGCCGGCUGCUCCAGCGGCUCCAGCUGCGUCAGAUGCGGCGGCAGCGGCGGCAAGGGAGGGGGAGCUUCUCCGCCCUUCCCGGUCCCCUCGCCGGGCUCGGCUGCCCCAUCCCAGCUCCGAGAGAAGGACAUCCCCGCGCCUUCAGCCCGCGCGGUUUCUAUUCCGCCACUUCAGCCCCAGUCUGAAUACAAAUUACAAAUACUGACAAAGGUUGCUGCAGAGCUGAGCAAGUACAUGCCAGAGAAAGCAGCAGAGGACACCUCCAGCAUUCUGAGAUCUCCCAUGCCUGGAGCAGUGGUGGCAGUUUCUGUCAAGCCUGGGGACACGGUUGCAGAAGGUCAAGAGAUUUGUGUAAUUGAAGCAAUGAAAAUGCAGAACAGUAUGACCGCUGUUAAAACAGGCAAGGUGAAAGCUGUGCACUGCAAAGCUGGUGAUACCGUUGGAGAAGGAGAUCUGCUGGUGGAACUGGAAUGAUGUGUCGCCUCCACAGUGUUGAAUUAGCUAAGCCUUUAUUAUUUUCAUCCACAAAGUAAGAUUAAGGUAAUUCAACACAGAAAAUGGACAGUCCUAUGCACAAGGUUUUAUACAGACAUAUUUAUUGAAUCAGUAGUUGAGACAGCAAACACAGAUGUUAAACCUUGGCAACAGAUCCCAGAUUUUUACUUCCAGAAAUACUUGUACAUAACCUUUGUAAUUCUUUGAUUUUUCAGGAUCAAAUAAAAU